AUGGCUAACGGUACUGAUCAGAAUUUGACACUCGCCGACAGGGUGAAGUUCAUCAGAAAUAUGGAUGACCAGACAUGGCCGCUCGUCAUCUUGGCGGAAUUGGACGACGCGAGCAGAGACAAGCUCGUGCAGCGAUUGCGCCCCAAUGCCCAAGAAGAUAAACACUCUUCAACGAGAGGGUAA